CGCUGAUUGGUCAGCUUGUAAACAUCUGUAUCCAUAUCUCCGGCCAGGGAGCAGCGCGUGAGUCAGAGCGCGGACGGCGCUAUCCCGACUCCGAACGCCCGGCCCGCGCGGAGGUCCGCUGACAUGCAGCGGCGCUUCACUGUCGUAGAACGCGGGAGGACGAGCUGCGUUGGCCCCGAGGGGAUGACCGACAUGAUACGGACACGCCGGCCCCCCGCUGCCCGAGGACGGAGCCCCGCGCUCGUGCCUUUUGCUUUAUUUCUUAUCUAGGUGGCCUCGAGGACGUCCGCGUGAAGCCCGUCCCACCGGGUUCCCCCUAAAUUGCCCCGGCUCGCGCCGAACCACCGGGGGUUCCGCCCGGCUCCCUCCCGAGCGCACCGCCCGCCGGAGGCUCCCGGCGUGCGGCUGUCCCCCCGCGAUAGGCACCGCGGCAGACACAAAGGACAGCCGCUCCGCGCCGCCUCUUCCACGCGCCGGGUCCGGCUGACACCGCUCAGCGAUGCAUGUCGGGAUCUCUCUCCCGCGAUAGGAGGCGGCUGAUCCGGAGCAGCAGCAGCGGCCUGUCUGUCGCGUCCAUGCAGAGCCUCUGCAGGGUCAAGAUGCAGUUCCGGACGGUGCUGGACGUGAAAGUCGUGGACGUGGAGAAGAGGCGCAGUCCGUCCAAACACUACGUGUACCUCAUCAAUGUCACCUACUCGGACAACACCUCCCACAUCAUCUACAGAAGAUACAGCAAAUUCUUUGACCUCCAGAUGCAGAUUCUUGACAAGUUCCCAAUUGAGGGAGGGCAGAAAGACCCAAAGAAGAGGAUCAUCCCAUUUCUGCCAGGAAAAAUCCUCUUCCGGAGGAGUCAUGUGCGAGACGUGGCCAUGAAGCGGCUGCGUUUCAUUGACGACUACUGCAGGGCGCUGGUGCGACUCCCCCCUCAGAUCUCUCAGAGUGAGGAGGUGCUGCGCUUCUUUGAUACAAAGGCUGAGGACGUCAACCCCCCAGUGGAAGACUAUGGCUCCAAGCGGAAGUCGGUAUGGAUGUACGGCUUUACAGACAGCCCGAGGAAAGAGGCCUCAGGGAUGGACAGCUCGGAGCCGAUGGUGCUGGAGCAGUACGUGGCCGUGGCCAACUACGAGAGGCAGGAGAACUCUGAGAUCAGCCUCAAGGCCGGCGAGACGGUGGACGUGAUCGAGAAGAGCGAAAGCGGUUGGUGGUUCGUCAGCACAGCAGAGGAGCAGGGCUGGGUGCCGGCCACAUACCUGGACUCCCAGAAUGUUACCAGAGACGAUUUGGAUCUGGGCACUUCUAGGACCGGAGAAGUAACUAAGAGACGGAAGGCACAUCUGAAGAGGCUGGACCGCCGCUGGACCCUCGGGGGUAUAGUCAACCGGCAGCAGAGCAGAGAGGAGAAGUACCUGACCAUACAGCCGCACUCCAGUCAAGGGAAGGAUGAAGUGAGCUUCGAGAAAGGGGUCACCGUGGAGGUCAUCCAGAAGAACUUGGAGGGCUGGUGGUACAUCAGAUACUUGGGGAAAGAGGGCUGGGCUCCUGCCUCCUACUUGAAAAAGAUGAAGGAAGACUUCUCCCCCCGCAAGAAGACCCUAACGGGCCCCGUGGAGAUCAUCGGCAACAUCAUGGAGAUCAGCAACCUGUUGCAAAAGAAGUCGGUCAGCGAGAAGGACAUCCAGACGGACGCGGAGGGCAGCACCACGCCGGAGCGCCACAUCUCCAAGAGCGAGAUCAGCCUCCCGGUGCCCUACAACUCCGAGAUCAACGCCGAGACGGGCAGGAGGCUGAGCGCGGGCCGCGACACCAACAGCCCGUGUCUGGGAAUAGCAGCGAGCGCCGCCCUGAGUGAGAAUAAAGGAAGGGGCGAGCCAGGCUCCCCGGCUGUGGCCAGAGUGGCUCCGCACAGAGUGGAGAUUGGGUCUCCAAAUCUGAGACAAAAACCCCCCCCACGAAGAGAAACCAACUUGGGAUUCCAGUUACCAAAGCCUCCAGAGCCCCCUGCUGUGGAAGCAGAGUAUUACACCAUAGCAGAUUUCCAGUCCUCCAUCUCUGAUGGCAUCAGUUUCCAUGGAGGACAAAAGGCUGAUGUGAUAGAGAAGAACCCUGGAGGCUGGUGGUAUGUGCAGAUUGGAGAGAUGGAGGGCUGGGCCCCCUGCUCCUACAUCGACAAGCGGAAGAAGCCCAAUCUCAGCCGACGGACCAGCACCCUGACCCGGCCCAAAGUCCCGCCCCCAGCUCCUCCUGUCAAAAAACAAGAGUCUGACGAGGCUCCUCCUCCCUCUAACUCUGCCUCUAAAGUCCCAGAGCCGCCGAGCAGGCCUGCGUACGAGGAACCUGAAUAUGAUAUUCCUGCAAUCGGAUGCGACGGUGAAUCCGACACGGAUUCACGGAAAAAUGAGCGUGCCUUCGAUGUGAAGAUUACCAGCAUGGCCAGCAACAAGUACCGCGGCCCCCCUCCUUCCUGCAAGGCCUCUCCUCCUGUCUGCAAGGCCCCUCCUGUCUGCAAGGCGUCCCCCGUGUUUACUCAUCGAAGAGCGGCCUUCAGGUCUGCAGAAGAGGUUGCAAAAGAGGAGUGCGUCUAUGAGAACGAAGGCUUCAGGCCAAGCAGUGGAGUUGAAAGAACUUCCGUCAAAGGUUCUAGUGAGCCAAAUUCUCCAAGGAGCUACCAUUCCUCCACCGUUCCACGCAGGCCAUCCGGAUCCUCCCCUUUAGCUGGUCGUCCCAUGAAGGCCAUUACACCAGAGGUCAACCGCAGAACCCAAACUCUAGGCAGACAUGUGGAUAUCCGCUUCAGGUCGCAGAACAACAGCCCCCGGCUCUUCUCGGAUGAAUUGAGCAGAGGCCCCAAGAAAGGCUCCGCCUUCAACCGGGAUGUGGAGCAGAGGAUUGGUCAGAGCCCCUCCACCAGGCCCAAGCCUUCCGUCAGACCUAAACCGCUCCUGACCAAAUCCGAGCCCCAGAGUCCAGAGAGGAUGGACAUCAACUCUUUGAGACGGCAGCUGAGGCCCACAAGUCAGUUCCGGCCUCACAGCCUCAAAGCCAGCCGCGGGGACGACUCUGAAACGGCCUCUGUCGUCUCAUCAGAGGACUCGAUGUGUUCACGCAGCACCUCGGAUCUCUCUUCCGUCUACUCCAAAGGAAGCCGAGGGGAGUCAGACGUGGAAGGUCCCAACCUCUACCGCUCCCUGGAUAACUAUAAGAAGGUCCAGGACUCUGAGAUCAGCUUUCCAGCCGGGGUGGAGGUCGAGGUCCUGGAGAAGCAGGAGAGCGGUUGGUGGUACAUUCGUUGGGCAUCCGAGGAGGGCUGGGCUCCUUCGUACUACCUGGAACCUGUCAGACCAGUGGGGGAUGCAGGUAGGUUGGACCUGGGUAGACAUGCUGGGAGUAAGUCCAACAGCCUGGAGAAAAACGAGCAGCACGUUCUGGCCCUGAACAACAUCAACAUCCAGGGUCCGAGCCAGCAGCAUCAAGGUGUGAGGAGGGAUACCCCGCCAAUCCCUUCAAAGCCUCCUGGUGGCUUUUCCAAGCCUUCUGGGACAGUCAAUGGAGCAGUGCGGAUGAGGAACGGGGUACGUCAGGUGGCGGUGAGGCCUCAGUCGGUGUUUGUAACCACAUCUCAGCCCGCCAAGGACUCCCACUACAUGACAGGGUCUCUGAGGCGGAACGACUCCCUCGGCAGAAGCGAUCACUACGGCUCCGGUUCGGCCACUCUUGGCGUCCGCCGCAACGCCUCCUUCAGCACGGUGCGUCCACACGUCGUCGUAGAGAGUAACACGAGGCCCGCCGAGCGCUCCGGCCCGGGCUCCUCGGGGAGCGCGUUCAGCACGGGCAAUGUCCAGGACUCCUUGAGCAGAGUUAACCAACGCAAUGGCAUCCCCGUGUCCACGGUGCGACCCAAGCCCAUAGAGAAGGGCCAACUGAUCCACAACAACCUGGGCAGGGACGUGUACGUGUCCAUCGCCGACUACCGCGGCGACGAGGAGACAAUGGGCUUCACCGAGGGCACCUGCCUGGAGGUGCUGGAGAGAAACCCCAACGGGUGGUGGUACUGCCAGGUGCAGGACAGCCUGCUGCCCCGCAAAGGCUGGGUCCCCUCCAACUACCUGGAGCGGAAGAAAUAAGCAGCCCCACGUCCCCCCCCCCCAGUGUCCCACUUUUUGAUGUCUUCAAGGACGCCAGUGGCAUCACUCCUCUACAAUGUUACCCGCACUCUCAUGCAAGCAAUAUGUCCUUGACAAUGUAAACUUAUACGCGUAUAAAAAGAAAGGAGACUUUUAGUGCUGGUUUACUAAAAUGUAUACAGUGUAGACUUGAGACAAACUGGAGGAGGACAGUUUCUCUGAGAUAGAACAUGGUACGAAUGGGAGGGGGGACCUCUGAACGAUGUGGAGAAGUUGAGCAGCAACCCGCUGAUGCUCAUUCCUGCCAUCAGUGACGCUGAUGGCCGAUAAGUGCCUUUUGUAGAGGAUCACUUGGUGGACGGCAAAACCGCAAAUCAACCAAACCUUUUUGGAGUGCCAUAGGUGUGUGAAUACCAACGGAAAUAUUUCCAAAGCAUAUUAAGAGCGACACUGUUGAGUGCCAACAAGGUGUAGAGUUUUGAUCUCGAGGGCUGCAAUUGGUCCAACUCAAAUUUAAGAUAAACAACUGAGAAUGAAGUGAGAAUGUAUUCUUUUUCUAAGCCGCACGUCAUCGCGCAAACUAAAACAUUGUUUUAAGUUCAUUAUUCAGUUUCAUUUUUCAUGUUUUAUUGUCGUGUCGUAGAGAAUUAUUUCUGCUCUCUUGUGACAUCCGUUUUCCGCCAACAGCCUAGAAUUGAAAGGUUAGAGCUCGGGCCGUCCGACACCAGCCAGCAUACACAAGCUGCUCGGCUUUCAGACACUUCCCUCAGCCCAUAGAAUUAUUUGCUGAUAUUCAUUCCCAGAUACAACUAGCGGAAAUAACAAAUGUCUAAAAAUAAACCUGUGAAACCUUAAAAUAACACAAAGAUCUUUUAGUUUUCUGGAAAAUCAAAGAACGACAUAUAUUGUAAGUUUAUCUCAAACAAAACCACCACAAACAGUUACAAAGGUUUGCCUUUACUGCCGUGAUUUUAGUAAUGAUUUGAUUAAUAUAAUUUUGUACAUAUUUUAUUUUUUACCAAUGUUUGAAUAAGUACUGGAAAUGUACAAUAAUUAAAUUCCAGGGACAUUAUUUGCAUAGACCAUAUCCCAAAAUGUGAUUAAAUCAAAGAGAAAUGUCAUUUCAUUGACAAUUUUAGUAAUUUUGCUAUUUAUUUAUUAUAAGGAUAAGUAAUACAGUGUAUUCUACAACAUUUAUAAAAUAAGUCUGUACCUGGAAGCACGUGAUUUAUUUCCUCCAAAUUACAAAUCCAAGUGCAUCGUAAUAUUACAAAUUGCUAUGCAGUAUCGGUUUUGACACAACAUGUAUUUAUUUGUAUUUUUUACAUUUUCCAAAUUAGAGUCGGGCAUCAUAUUACAUUUGAUAUAAUAAGGACUUUAAGCAUUUAAGAGUAUCAAGUUCACAACAAUUCCCCGAAUAUGCAGAAGUGAAGUGUGAGAAUGUGAUAUUCUGAGCUCAAAUCUAACUUUUAAAAUUCAAAUGGCUGAUGUUCAAGACUGCUGAAAUUAAUUUUCUGAUGAGCGCUGUGAGCUCUAACCAAUGAUUGCGUUUCUGCUGGACAGUAUCACAGUAUUAAUAGCAGUUAUCUAUUUUUGUGUGUAAUGUGUUACUCUGAUCACACAGGGACAAUAACGAGGAACGAAGUGGUUCUUUUUUGUGAUUUAGUGCACUUUAAACCAGAUGUAAAGCAGUAAAUACGCAGCAUUUUAUUUAUUCAACACGAUAUUGUAAUUAUUCAAUUUCAGUGCUGCUCAUGCUGCCAAAUGCCAAAGUUAUACUGAUAGAAGUAGAGCCCUCUAGUGGCUGCUUGGAGGUACUUCAGCUGUAGCAGUGGCCCUUCCUUAGUGGAGGAACACACACUGCUGGCCAGUGACACAAAACUCUACACAAUGUGUCCGAUUUAGUUUCUUCUAUUUUUCAACUUUAAAGCAGCUGAGACGUUUUUUUGUAUUGGGCAAUAAUUUGUAUUGUUUAUUUUUAAUUAAGAAAAACAAAUCUAUUUUUUCGUUGAUGCUGUGCGCAAAAAAUACAAAAGCAGCAAAUCACAGGCCCUUCCUUCAUCUUUAUUGUACUUUACAUAAUGCCGGAUUUUCUAUGUAUUUAUUAUGAAAUCUUUUGUAUUUUAUCAUGGUUCGACAAUCACCUCAUUCGUCCAAUCGAAAUAUUAUUCUACGAAAUUAAGGAGAAAUUGGCCCCCAAUGUCCAAAACAGCCACCUGUUAGUCACCCAAAAAGGGUUUCAUAAUUUGGCAAAAUGUGAGAUUUUUGCAUUACGAUAUAUUUCAAAUCUAAAUCACACGUGGAUGAAUACUAAGAUUACGAUCCAGACGAAGGCAUUAUGUAACUGUGUUAAAUCACUGUACAUUUCUUUUUGCAUAUUGCUUGUUCUGAUUUGACUGACUUGAGUGUAAUAGUACGGGAAUGUUCUGUGAAAGGUUUACAUUUAGCUGUGCGGCCUCUGUCUGUACUCAUGCUUUCACCGUUUGUUUUUUUUUGAACCCAAAAUUCUGAAAUGUAACCGUGAGGAAAUGUGCAACACAUCAGCAAGGCACUAACAUCACACGAGUAUGUAUUCCCAGUCGUCACAGAAUGAGCCCAUGUGGAGGGACCUGAAAGCGCUGAGGACUCAUCGGACUUGUCUCCUUGUCUCCUCACGUCCCAGACUUUGCUAACAGCACGAGGACAUGUGCUCCUCCGGACGGCGGCCACGUGGCCGGCAUGGCAGAGCCCCUUGUGUACACCCAUUACAGCCAUCAGGGGUCUUAUUCGCUGACGGAGAGUCAAGGGCCCAUCAUCAGGGGCCUCGGUGGCCCUGCUCUGAGCUGUCACGUUCGUGCCUGAAUGGAAUUUUGAUAGUUUCAUAGUGUCCUGUGAUUUGUCUUUGGUUAGGGUUUUCUUCUUUUUCUGUUAGCUUUCUGAAGGGUGUCCUCCCCGUACCUUCGCGAUGCCUCUAGCGCCCCCCCCGUCCUCGGUCAAGUCAGAUGUUCUCGUCACCAAUCACCGCAGACAAAGGUGACGUGCCGAAGGCCACGAGGGUAAACAAGGGAGCGGGGAGCAGAACGCCCUUCAGACCAUUUCAGACCAAUCCAUCAGCUUCCAGGAUGUACGCCAAAAAAUAGAAAAGCCUUUAUUUUUAUCUUUGCCUUAUCCAUGUGUGACAGGUGUACACAUCAUCGUGCUAACGACCUCCUGUAUGUACAGGCCGAUAAGGCCUGAGUCGGCAAAUCUUUCUGUCAGGAGAGCCCGUUGUUAAAGUCAAAGUCAUUCGUUUCAAAACACGCUCUACACGUCGGAAAAGAAUUGCUGAAAACUCGUGGAAAGACUGAAGUUGAUCGUUUGUCAUAGUCAUUCAUUCCGUCUAACCGGACGAAGAAUGAUGUAAUGCUUUGAACCUCUCCUUAAAAGGAACAGUUGUGAGUUCUGUGAGAGUCGGACGAGGAAACGAUGAAGCUUGUUUGUCUGCUGUCACUCUUCAGGAUGGGGGACGAUCCUCUGGCUGCCUGUUCAUGACGCUAAGCAGCCUCGUGGUUUUCCGGCUUAGUGUUCAGACACGAGACGGCUCUCAUUCUGCUCCAUCCAUCUCUCUGCGUAGUCAAUGAGUGUGUUCCAUAAAAAGGUCCUUUAAGUGAGAGCCUCCUCCGGUGAAAGCGCCACAAUGGGGGCGUGGCUUGUGCGGUGGUCAUUUAUCUCACGCCGGAGGAAAAUGGAUGAGUUUCUCCACACAUUCCCCAGAGAAGCAGCAGAGUGAGCUGCACCCCCCCCUCCCCCCUCAUAAAGUCUGUCCCCAUGAACCCAGAGCUGACGCUGCCGCCGGCGUCUUCCUCCUGUCUGCGCUCCUCGUCCUUCCUCCUCGCUCCUUCCUCGAACACAGACGAGACGUCUAUUCCCGCGGAAAAAGAUUGCGAUGUGGAGGUGUGGAGGAGGCCCGUGUGUGUCCACCAGGGGAGCUGGAAGGCCUGUGGGUGCCCUCAGGAGAGCAUCAUCUGGGGUCAAGGAGGGGAUUGGGGAGCGUAGGAUGCAAGGAGACAGGAGAUGUAUCAGGUGGGGGAAUCUAGGAGACAAGGGGAGAGGAGUAGAGAGACUGGGGGGGCGUUUUUAUCCAACCACUAGAACAAAGCAGCAGCCUAACCAGCGCCCGAGCCCGGAUCCAAACGCCGGUUUAAUUGAUGCUUGAGCAAGUGAGUUCACGCUACAGCCUCCCUCCUCCUAUGGGAGAACUUUUAAAAAACGAUCUCAAGUCUUUUGCUGCUAUCGUCUUCAGAUCCUCUGCCGGGGGGGGGGGGGGAACGCUUGUGCUCGCUGUACGGUUGUUGUUAUUUUGGAAUAAGACAAAAAGCAGGCUUUGUUGAGUCACAUGCCCCCGUUUUUCUGUCUUAUUCCUCACAGUUGUUUUUGUUGCUGAGGGAAACGGUUGAAUGGAUUUGAAGCGCUCGCUCAAAUCUAAUGAGACAAGCUGUCUUUCAUAGUAAAAAGAAAGGAAAAGGUCUCGCGAAGGCUGCGGUAGAGACGAGGACGGGGUGGGUUUGAUAAGCAGGUGUGAGUACGUGUUGGGGAGGCGGGCGGAGGUAUUUAGGGAGAUGAUGUUGUAUGUGUUUUAAUGAACCUGAAGAUGGUGUUUGGGUGAAGAAAGGAAAGCGUGAGCGAAGCUGCGGGGCCCCCGCCGAGGACUGCUGGUCCCGCUUCGGAGAGCCUCGUUUGGAGGCGCCGGCGGGGGACCAGCGGGAGCGGCAGAGGAAGCCGCCUGUCGAUGAACGAGGCUCGCAGCCGCGCCUGCGUGCCGCCGCUUCUUGUCCCGGGGGGGGGGGGGGCGGGUGCCAAAAACAAAGGAACUGUGGAAAGCUGAUCCGUCACAGACACACACACAUAACAGGCAGAGGCCUGGAGGUAGACCAAAGGAGCUGCUGAUCUGUUAUGUUCUUUGUUUUAUUACUGUCGUCGUUAUGUAGAUGUUUGACCCUCAAAAGGGACGCCGCGAGGAGAGGCUCCAUCGCCCCACGGGGCGUUAACGCGGGGGCCGUUCCUUCCUGCACACGGGGCAUUUCUUUACCCAACGCUUCGUCUUGCUACCUUUCUUUUGUAUCUUGUACAUGUUUACAUUGUAUCUCCCAUCGCCCAAAAGAGAAACCGUAUUAAAUGUAUUAUCUCUGUUUUA